AUUUUAGUUGCAACCUACUGUGGUUCCGUCCAUCUAAAUAUUAUAGUCAGUGCUCUUUUCAAAACUUUACUGUCAUAUAGGUACGAUAUACUACUACAGUGAUUGGUGAGUGGUCUUUCUUUUGGUUUCGCUGGCCUUCCGGAAAGGACCUCCGCGUUGGACGUGAAAAUAGCCACUGAGAUUUGAAAAAUGGCCACAGCGUCAGUGUCCGUAGAAUUUCAAAACCUCACAUUGUCUGAGUGCUUCGACCAAGGCCUGUCGUCUUACGAGAGUAUUUGCGAGUCUACAGAGCCGGCCAAGGAAUCGGGAACACAGUACAGGAUAAUAAAAUGCAUGAAAAUAUUGGAGCACACUACACAACUCGUAUCCGCGGCGGGCAUGUUUAGCGACAAUGAGACCAUCGAAGAGAUACCAACGGCCGACAUCAAAUACAUGUUACUGCCAUUCAUGUUGGGGUCUCUGGCACUGAAACUCACAAACAACGGCAACAGAUUGGAUGUCGUCAAAACAGCUGAAGUAUAUUUCAGAGAUUAUCUCCAGAGGUGUAAAGAUUAUGGAUUGGCUGACCAUACAAUACCACCUGUGUACACAGACUCUGAAGAAACCACUACUCAGGCCACUAUGGAUUUUUCUCUCAUGGCUCGUAGGCGUGCCGAAAAAAUUAAGAGUUACAAGGAACAAAAAUUAAUGGAGUCUCAGUUACAGCUGUUGAAGGAACAGAACGAACGCGAGUCUGUUGAUGACGAAAUGAGAAGAAAGUACAUAGUCUCUUUACUGAAAUACAAUAUUGGCAAGGCUUUGGAAGAAUUAGAUUCGCUUCAAGCCGAAAUGAGAAUUUUACACUAUAAAUUGAAACAUGAGGAUAAAGACAACCCUGAAAAUGCAAAAUCUCAAAAAAUCAAACCUAAACCGUUAAUGCCUAUUAUUAUCACAAAAAAUAAGUUACAAAAACAAGUAUUUGGUGCUGGCUAUCCGAGCUUGCCAACAAUGACAGUUGAAGAAUUCUGUCAAAAACGUAUCAAUGACGGAAUAUGGCAUUUACCUACUGCAGAUAACACCAAGUGUUUACAACAACUGUCUGAAGCUCCAGAACCAGAACAAGAAGAUAAAGAAGACAAAAUCAAUGAGGAAGAAGAAGAAAACGAAAGACAACGACUAAAUGCUCGCGACGAGUACAAAGAUGACCAUCGCCGAGGAUGGGGUAAUAGGCAUAAUAGAAGUUAAAGGACCUGAUAAUUUAAUAUUAGGUUUUGUGUUACACUAAAUUACCAUGUUAAUUAAUUAUUGCUAUAAUAUUAUCUAAUAAAUACUAUAAAUUACUAAA